AUGCCCCUCAGCAUCAAUCACGAAGAGCUUACCGCACUGAGCAAAGACGUCUUCUCAGCCCUCGACAAUGUCGCCAACACCACCUCCCCAGGCAUUGCACGUCUAGCACUCACCUCCAUCUCUAUGCUCCGCUUCAUCGAGACCGCUUGCUUGGACGCCACCGCCAAAGAACUUGACUCCAUGGAAGAAGUUCGCCGCAUCCAGCGCUGCGAACUGCAAGCUACCAAAGCGAUUGAGGAGCGUAUGAAUGCCACCAUUGAUGCAGAGUUGAAAGUCUUGGUUAUGGGCAUUGCGAAGAGUGUGUGCAAGUUCAAGCGCAGUAUGGGAGGAUUGGUUAAGAAGCUGGAGGAGAGGGAGAAGAAGGGUGAGGAGCUCGAUGAGAGAAUGAAAAGCGCGCGAGAAUCUCAGGAGAAUCUGCGUGCUCUGUUGCAAGAAUCUGUUGGCUUGGAGAGUGUUGGAACCAAUCCUACCUGA